AUGACACAUUUUAUAAAUCAGCAGUUUGGAUCUGUAAGAUUGGUUUCAAAUGGAGUUCAAAAGUUUGCCAUUGAGUCAACUCAAAAUUUGAGGCAACCAAUGGUUGUUUUGCAUGCAUUCAAAGAUGAAGAAUACAAAAGACAGAUUGACCACAUCCUCUUGAAUCAAGAUCACCUCAAUAGCUGGAGAGAUUUGAGAGAAAUUGAAAAAUUGGCUAUCAGCUAUAGAAAACCUUCAAUGUAUAAGAGUAGGGUUGCAGAUUUUGUGGAAGAACUGUCAAAGAAACAUCCUUCUCUUCAAGAAGAGGACAAUCAAUCACCCAAAGGAAUUCUACUGUGGGAAAAAUACAAACCCAACAAGUCACUUGCCAUCCUUCUUUAUUACCUCAAGCAAGUGCUGAAAGUGCAUUCACCCAGUAUUAAUCACAAUGAGAUAGAUGACUUGGCUCAAGAAAUCAUCAAAACAUUCAACUUUUCAGCCAAUGAAAAUGGAAACUGCAGGAAUUAUACAAUUUCAGACUUUACAGAAGGCUUGCAAUCAUCAGUUGAAAGAUUGAAUAAAUGGAAACAGAUUAUCAGCAAGACAGACCAAGUUGUGUAUGGUCAAAGCUACCGGGAAUACAUGAAACUGGUUGAAUUCAUUGAUGUGCUAGCUGCUGCAGGCUUACAUGAUAGGAAUGCCAUCUUGGAACUUAAACCAAGCUCUAUCAAAUUAUCUCUCACAAGUGAGGUUCUUUUUGGAAAAUCUCCUGGAUCUCUAAAACUGCAUCAUUACCUCACAAGUGAUUUGCCAUACAAUUCUCUUGUGGCACUUAAUGAUGAAAUCUUUGGAUUUUAUUCUGAAAUUAAUGGUCAAAAUCCCAACAAAAUUAAGGAUCAAGUACACCAGCUAUGGUCAGAAUUUGAGGAAAACCAUCUAGGAAUUGCAUUACAGAUGAGUGAGCCUGUUGGAAUCCCCCAACAGAAAGAGUUCAUAUUGCCCCAAGAAGUCACAAGGAUGAAAGAGUACAAAUUACUUUUUGAAAUGACAAGCAACUCAAAGUACAAAGAAAUGUGGAGAAAUAUUUCAAGAUCCAUUGGCCUAGUUUCAAAACUGACAGUGGGGGAUUCUGAAGCCUUGGUGGUAUUAUGCCAUAUAUUGAGGUCAGCAUUGUAUUAUUUUCCAAGACAAGAAUUGGAAUCAGAUAAAUUGGGACUUGUGAUAGAAAAUAGUGUUAUGUUUUACCUAUUUGUCAGAAGGAUUGGAAAGGUACUGGAGGAGAUGUUUAAGAUUCAUUUUCCCAAUAAUACUACAAAGGAGAAAGCCACUCGAGCACAGUGUAUCUAUUGGUCCUUGAUAAUUUUCCAGAAACCAAGGAACUUUUACUCUUACAGCCGUGAAAGAAAAGCAAAGUGGAUGGAGUUCCGCCUUGGAAGACUUUAUUAUGACUACCUUUUGGCCUCCAGAAAGCUGAACAACUUGUAUCACCAUAUGAGCACUGUUCAGGGGAAGAGAACAACAAAUUCCUUGUCAUAUUCAACUUCCAGAAACCCUUUUAGUCAAAGUACCACAAUUGAUGCUCCUGGACAUGUCCAAAACAUGGGGUGGGGCACUCCAAAUCUUUAUUUGAACACAAUCCAUGCUCUGAAUUUGGGCACAUCAAGAUAUCUUGGUAGAGAAACACAGUCAAAGAAUCUUGAAAAGAUUCCACAUCAAAGUCUGAAAACUUCCACAUUUUCACAUAUAUUAUCUCACAAAAGAAAGUUCUCAACAAAUAAAAGUCUCUCAGAUCCCAAGUAUUGUACUUUGCUCACAAAGAAGCCAAGUAAUAAGCACACACAAAAUGAUUUACAAGUGAAUAAUAAAAAGUCUUUGGAAACAAAGGAAUGCAACCUGGAAAAUAUUUGCAUCACAAUUCACUCCCAAGCUUCUUUAGACAAACAGCAGGGAAGUCAGAAUCCAUCACAUCAAAAUGCAGCUGAUUUCCAAACUUCAGCAGGAGAACUUAAUAAUGAUGCUAUUGCUGUAAAAAUGGCACAUUGGGUUCCAGAUGUCUCUUCAUAUUUGAGUCAAAAUAGGGUCACCAAGUUUAGCCUUGGCCCAGAUAUACCAGCAACUUCAAGUGGAACAAGAGGCACUUCCUUUCUUCCUGAUCUCAAUCAGUCUAUAAGUAAGGAAGACUCUAAUCACAUACUACCUGACCUAAAUCUUCCCUAUAAUCCCAAUUCAUCCAAUUAUUAA